AUGGAGAGCCCUCCAACCUAUCAACAACCCAUGGGCGAAAGGCCUACUUAUGCAUCUCUGCUAGAUGUAGGGACUGCGAGCUACGAUCAAACGACGUCAUCAUCAAACACGACGUGGCAUGACGUCACAGAUCAUCAACCGUCGAUCGCGUGGUUGAUCACCGUACCUCUUGUCGUGGGGAGUAUAACGAUCGUCACCGUUAUCGGCAACGCGUUGGUGAUGGUGGCUUACAACAAGGACAAGCGCAUCCACGGUCGCGUCGCCAGCUUGCUCAUCUUAAAUCUCGCCGUUUCUGAUCUCAUCAUCGGUUUGGUCGUUCUCAGCAUCAAUCUGGCCUGGAUUACGUGGAACGAGUGGUUAGGUGGGGAGUUCUGGCUUCUCGGGGAAGUCUUCUGUAAACUAUGGCUCGUGAUCGACAACACAGCCAGCAUGUUGUCCGUCUUCACCAUCAUCCUUAUCAGCCUUGACCGGUACUGGCUGCUCACCAAGAAAAUGCAUUACCAGAGCUUCCAAACACGCAAACGUGUCUUGGUGACGAUCUCCCUACUGUGGUUGUCAACUGCUUCUGUUUAUACUCUUAUUGCAGUCGGUUGGCCGUACUUUACCGGUGAACGUAGUGUUGAUUAUAGUAAAGAAUGUGAACUCGAUAUGGCGUAUAAUGUGUAUGCUACCAGCGUCGCGUUGGUUUGUGAGUUCCUCAUACCGCUCACGGUCAUCAUCGCUCUCAACAGCGCCGUGUACGUCAAAAUUAGGAACCGCGCAAAGGGUCUCAAAGAAAUGGGGCAAAGAAAAGUUAGUCGCUCCGAACGAGUAGAACUUAAAGCAGUUUCCACGGGAACCAAUCGCACAUCUCCCCCUGUUUUAUCCGAGGUUUCUUUAUCCGAUGUCAAUAUAGUCCUCGAAUCAUCUUGUGUCAACUGUAUAAACAACGUCGACGACCACCAGACGAUCGCGAUGCGUCUUGACAACGAAACUGGCGAAAAACUACGAACGCUACUGCAGAAGCGCACAAAAGCAAGCGGGAGUAUGCGCGUCAUUUGCGCGCGGCAAUAG